UCAGGAUGCUGGAUAAAAAUGACUAAAUUUUAACCCUCUUUUAGUCCAGUCCAAGCCACGAAUUAUACUGGUUGCCACAAUAACAUCGCGGACCUAUUCAUUGUCUGAACUAAGCUUUCUAAUUGACUCAUAACACAUUUACAUUUCGAGUAGGAAACAAUUGGGCACGCAUGCACGAAAUCUUUCCCAGGCAUUCCACAAAUAAAUCUCUUUGAGCUUUGUCCUGUAAAACGGCACAUAAAGAACAGCGGCGGAGACUAGUGCCAGGAGUUGGCUCCACUUUGUUUCCCAGGGCGGUCACAUUGACAUGACAGAGCAACCCCGAGCGCAGCACUCCUAAAUCGUCGCUACAGCACAAGCGCAGCGGAUGAUUCAUUGUGGAGACUGGACACACGGCCAAACGUCUCUGAAACGUCGUUGCUGCUAAACUGCCAGUGGAUGAUCUGACCCCAACACACCUGGGAAAAAAGGACCAACGGAACACUAUUUUCCUGACAUAAUUAGGCCUACAAUGCCGUCUUGCGCAAGAUGUCUAUGCUGAAACAGGUUAUAGUGGGCGAGAAUGGCCAGGACGCAGAGAAAAGCUUGGACUGGAGUUACAUUGAGUGGCUAGAGAACGAGAACAUGGAAGUGACGGUUGUGACCAAUGUCGAAACGCAAACUGUUUCAAAACCCACAGAGGAAAAGGAGACGCAGACCAGUAACCCCUUUAUCAUGCAUAUAGAUUUGGCCAGAACGCACUCCAAACUGAAACACACGUCUUUGGUCGAGGCAGACGGCUUGCUCACCCAGUUUGACCGACAAGCCCCGGCUCGCAUCUCCACCUCCCCGACCUUGAGGAGGAUGAGGAGCACGCGACGUCCGCAGGUGGACUUCCGGGACCUUGUGAGAAUGGACAGCACACAGGAAGAGUCGGGUAUGGAAGAUACACCGUCCCCGUUGAGUCCCCUCUCCCCAGUACAAAGGCACAAGUCUCCGCUGGCGGCCAGCCCCCCUCCCGUUGGAGAAAACGAUCUCGAUAAUCUGCCCAAUUCAUCCGCAGGCUGGGGGAAAAGCAGAUCGCAUAGAUCAAAGACUUUUGACAAUGGUAUUACUUGCACGAGACAAGGAUCUCUGGGUGCACGGAGUGUGCAAAGUGUUAGUAAAGACUUUGCAUUUCCUGAUGAUAGCGAUGAUCAGGACAAGGAGGCUUGCCAUAAUAGACUGCAGGAGAGGAGGCGGAGUUCUGUGGUGGUCAGUCUGCCCGGAUUGGAUGUUUCGCCGGGGGACCUGUUUGUGUCCAAUGGGGUGGCAGACCUACUAAACCUCUCCAACUUUUCAGACACCAAGAAACCCAGGUGGCCUUUCUCCAGACGCAGCACGACUAAAGGGAAGAGAACAUGCUCUGCCUCUGAUAUUGAGAAAUAUCUCUCGACGGAACAGAUUCAAGACUGGAGGAACACAGACUUCCAGAAGUACAAGGAUUGUUCUCUAGAAGAGUUCCUAAGGGACUGUGAUUCGUCUCAGCGGAAGUCUGAUAGUGACCCUCAGGACUACAAGAGACAUGAAGCCAUCUGGGAACUCUUCACCAGCGAGUGUGUUUACUUCCUGGAUCAGCUCAUGGUGCUCAAAGAGGUGUUUCUGGCCAUGCUGACCAACCUGCAGAUGAGGGACUGCCUGCAUGACGUGGACUCCUGGAGGCUGUUUGCCAACCUCAACGAGCUGUGUCUGGUGAGCUUUGGCUUCAUCACCAGCCUGCUGCGUGUCAUCAAGGAGUCCUGGGAGAUCCCUGUGGCAGGAGGUGGGCCCAACCUGCUAAAGCUUCUCACUAAGGCGUUCCGGGAGAGCAUAUGCCACUGUCUGCAGAAGUACUGCCUCAACUAUUCCGCUGCACUAUUUUAUCUGGGCAGCCUGAAGAACAGAGAGGACUUUGGCUCCUACGUUAAGUGGUGUGAGAGGAACCAGGAGUGCCGGAGGCUGCAGUUGCGUGACCUAUUGGUGGCGCCGUUGCAGCGUCUGACCCGCUACCCCCUGCUGCUGAAGAACGUUGGGAAGAGGAGCCGGACCGAGGAGGAGGAGAGCGCCCUGCAGAGCGUGGUGGAGCAGGUGGACACCUCCAUAUGUGAUCUGGAGGGGAAGGUGAAAUGGCUGGACAACUACCAGAAGGUGAAACAGCUAAGAGAUUCCUUGGUGUGGCUGCCAGUGUGGGAGAGAGACAAGCGGGCCUUCGUCCCUGAGAAUCUGAAACAUCUGCUAAAGUCCGUCUCCCUCGAAAACCUCAUCUCUCAUCGGAGCCUGCUGCACAAGGGAAAACUAGUGCUUACAGAGAACGGCAAGCUGCAGAAUGUGUACCUGUUUCUGUUUGACGAGCUCCUCCUCAUCACCAAGAUCAAGAGGAACAAAAAGAAGUCCACAGGUCCUGAACAGAGUCCCCACCGUCCACCUCAGAACCAGGAGUUGGACCAGUUGCUUAAGGAGGGCUGUACCUUCACCGUCCUGGAUCAGCCCGUCUCGCUGGACCGCCUCCAGCUCAAGAACAUAGACCAACUCAACGCAGCAGCGUCAGGGCUGCCCCAAUCCUUCAUCAUCAUGCACCAGAACCGCUACCAGCAGUGUAUCGCUGCCUUCAUCCUACAAGCUCCGACCGAGGCCGUCAAGAGGGUGUGGAUGUCGGAGAUAGAGGGUGCUGUGGCGACGCUGCUGAGACUGGAUUCCCAGCAGCCUCCCCGGGUGAAGAGCUCCUCACUGUGGCUAGAGUCCUCCCAGAUUUGAGCAGUCCCACUUUCACUACUAGAACAGAGGACCACAAACACCACUUCUGGACAGCUACUGGUGCCUGACCCCCACUAUAUGUCCUGAACCAUAGGUGGCUCUGAUAUUUUAUUUUAACACUGUCCUUUCCAGCAGUUCCAGAAACUAGGUGGACGGUGAAUGCGUGACCAGGCCAGCCCAGUACAACUUGGCUCAGUAGUGUGAAAGGGAUGUGCAGGUUAUUAUUACUGACCAGCACAAAUACACUUCAUUGAGCUUUUAAACUAGCUACUGGCUAGUUGUUGAGACCCUUGAUUAGUUGAAUCAGGUGUAUUAGUUGGUGCUGGGCUGGAACAAACACCUCUACACAUGAUGGAUCUCUCCAGUACCAGGGUUGGUGAACACUGCACUAGACUCUGGCUAAAACAAGGAUUACUAUAACUGUAUCAUGCACUGUGGUCCCUCAUAACACCUUGUAAAAUACUAGCAGGAUAACUUUUGUAAAAUUAAUGUUUGCUUUGAAAGUGUAUUGCGGUACAAUAAUAGAUUACAAUACAAUUUUGAAAAUGAGAAGAUGACUGUUCUGCGUUGCUGAUGUGUGCUCAGAACACAUGUACACAUUCACUUAAACUGUGGAAAUGUGUCUGUGGCGAACAGUACAACAUAUACAGUCAUAACAUCACAACAAGACUACAACUGACAUACAGUGGGGAGAACAAGUAUUUGAUAACAUGCAAAAUCGGCAGCGUUUCCUACUUACAAAGCAUGUAGAGGUCUGUCAUUUUUAUCAUAGGUACACUUCAACUGUGAGAGACGGAAUCUAAAACAAAAAUCCAGAAAAUCACAUUGUAUGGUUUUUAAGUAAUUAAUUUGCAUUUUAUUGCAUGACAUAAGUAUUUGAUACAUCAGAAAAGCAAAACUUAAUAUUUGGUACAGAAACCUUUGUUUGCAAUUACAGAGAUCAUAUGUUUCCUGUAGUUCUUGACCAGGUUUGCACACACUGCAGCAGGGAUUUUGGCCCACAUGCUGGAAGACCCAGCCACGACCCAUCUUCAAUGCUCUUACUGAGGGAAGGAGGUUGUUGGCCAAGAUCUCGCGAUACAUGGCCCCAUCCAUCCUCCCCUAAAUACGGUGCAGUCUUCCUGUCCCCUUUGCAGAAAAGCAUCCCCAAAGAAUGAUGUUUCCACCUCCAUGCUUCACGGUUGGGAUGAUGUUCUUGGGGGUUGUACUCAUCCUUCUUCUUCCUCCAAACACGGCGAGUGGAGUUUAGACCAAAAAGCUCUAUUUUUGUCUCAUCAGACCACAUGAACUUCUCCCAUUCCUCCUCUGGAUCAUCCAGAUGGUCAUUGGCAAACUUCAGACGGGCCUGGACAUGCGCUGGCUUGAGCAGGCGGACCUUGCGUGCGCUGCAGGAUUUUAAUCCAUGACGGUGUAGUGUGUUACUAAUGGUUUUCUUCAAGACUGUGGUCCCAGCUCUCUUCAGGUCAUUGACCAGGUCCUGCCGUGUAGUUCUGGGCUGAUCCCUCACCUUCCUCAUGAUCAUUGAUGCCCCACGAGGUGAGAUCUUGCAUGGAGUCCCAGACCGGGGGUGAUUGACAGUCAUCUUGAACUUCUUCCAUUUUCCAAUAAUUGCGCCAACAGUUGUUGCCUUCUCACCAAGCUGCUUGCCUAUUGUCCUGUAGGCCAUCCCAACCUUGUGCAGGUCUACAAUUUUAUCCCUGAUGUCCUUACACAGCUCUCUGGUCUUGGCCAUUGUGGAGAGGUUGGAGUCUGUUUGAUUGAGUGUGUGGACAGGUGUCUUUUAUACAGGUAACGAGUUCAAACAGGUGCAGUUAAUACAGGUAAUGAGUGGAGAACCAGGAGGGCUUCUUAAAGAAAAACGAACAGGUCUGUGAGAGCCGGAAUUCUUACUGGUUGGUAGGUGAUCAAAUACUUAUGUCAUGCAAUAAAAUGCAAAUUAAUUACUUAAAAAUCAUACAAUGUGAUUUUGUUUUAGAUUCCGUCUCUCACAGUUGAAGUGUACCUAUGAUAAAAAUUACAGACCUCUACAUGCUUUGUAAGUAGGAAAACCUGCAAAAUCGGCAGUGUAUCAAAUACUUGUUCUCCCCACUGUAUGUCAUUAUCAUCAUCCCAGUGGGUAUCAAAACAUGACACAUCACACAUACUCUGGUUUAACACACUGGUAUAAAUAGACACUGACCACCAAGGAAAAUAGAAACAACUAGUUUUAUUUACUCUUAAUCAUGAUGGAAUUAUUUUUACAAUAAAUGGUACAUCUUGGACAUAAAA